GAUGGGUAAUACCCAGACUGUGCAAAAAGGCCAUAGCACUGCAGAGCUGUUUGACCACGCUGUGAUUUCGCUGAGCGUCUGGUAGGCUGGAGAGCAGGUACUGAUUCAAGUCGCCCCCGUCACAGUACUCCAUCACAAGCCACAGUGCCAAGUGACGCAGGGGCACCUGCUGCUCAUCCUCACUCGGCACUGGUCUCUUCUUGCCUCUGCUCCGAGGCCUUUGUGGAGUUGUAGGAUAACGUUCAUUUGAUUUAGUCUUGUCAUAGGGCUUAACCCUGGACUGGACAUUGUUAGUCCUGUCCUUGAGUGCAGAAACAGUGACGGCCUUCCUUUGGGUGUUAGGCUGGGAAUCACUUCCUUCCUGGCUUCGAGGUGCACCGGAUACAUUCCCCUUCAGCACACUCUCAACUAGACGUAAAGGCAACUUCCCUGGUUUUAGAGUCUUCAAGCUCCUUGGUCCUGUCUGCAGAAGGCAGCUGUGGAGAGCAAUGACAUUGAAGUGGUUCUGAGCUGUGGCUCUCAUGGCCCACAGCUCUUGCAGGUAGAGUUCAAUGCACUCUGGGUUGCUGCAGGGAAGCCGCUUUAUGGCCACCCUCUCUCCUGUUUUGGCCAUGUGGCCCUCGAACACCACACCAUAGCUGCCUCGUCCAACCUCCCUCUCCAAGGUGUAGAGCUCCUCCAUGACGCACUAGGGAUAGAUCCUGGUCUACGUGCUGGAAAGAUAACAGCAAAGUGCCAUCAGUACAAUGCGCUUCAACAACUGAGCAGACAGACCCUGGAAUUGAAACAGGUGAAAGCCCCAAGCUGCCAUAAACCCUCAGAGACUCAACCCCACUCCUUUGUUACACAUCACUGGGUUUCAUUGUGGAGGGAGGCGGUUUAACACCUCAGGUGGAGAAGAGGAGCCAAGUUCAGCUUGAAAUGAGCAGCGGAGUCAAGCCAAAAAACGGCCCAGACCUCAAAGGCUUUAUUUCUUAGGUCCUCCAUCUGUUGACCCUUGUUGUAGAACCAUCUCUUUGACCUGCUGGGCUCUCGUUGGACUCCUCCUGUCUGGCUGUGCUGAGCGAUGAAGAUCCCUCUGUGGUUCCUGGUGGUGCUGCUGGCAAGUCUCUUCACCCCUGGACGCAGUGACUGCCAGGGGGACUGUGUGGCAUGCGGUCUGCUUUUGCAGCAGCAGCAGCAGCAAGCCUUCAACACCAUGGUUUGUUUGUUGGAGUGUGAGGAACGUGUCUCCUCUUCUUUCACAUUGAAGGUGUGCAGACAAGCCGUAAAACUAUCACACCGCCCUACAAAUUCUGAGGGAGGUGAUAUGUUCAAGAGAACAGGAGGGGGACUGGAGCUCACCUCUGUCGACCUGAACUCAGACAGCGAGCUGCUGCAAUCUGCAGUCGCAGAGCACUUCCAGGAGGGGGAUCAGGAUGAGGCACCCUUUGAGCAGCGCAGUGUCCAGUAUGACUCAUCACUGCUAGAAUCCUCUGAGGAGGGGGAGGGCCUGCAGGGUUUGGAUCUCAGUCUGGUCGACGAAGAGAGGCAGGCAAGGGAGGAGAGGAAUGUGGGGAGUGACAGCCUGCUAGAAGCAAACGAGGAUGUCGACUCAGAGGCCAUCACCUUAUCCAAACGCUUUGGUGGCUUUCAGAGGGGCCGCCAUGGAUACAGGAAGCUUAUUGGCUCACCCAUGAGGCCCCUACAAAAGCGCUAUGGUGGGUUCAUAGGUGUCCGGAAAUCCGCCCGCAAAUGGAACAAUCAGAAAAGGGUGAACCAGCUGCUCAGGCAGUACCUGGGCAUGAGAAGCAGCCGCAGCGGCAGAUUCAACAACAUCCCUGUAAAUCGGGUUUGGAGGCAAAACAAACUGUAAUGUAAUUAGUCUUGAUCUCCCAGAAUCCUCCCCUCGUUACCUCAACCAGUCAUGUUUUCAACAACUCACUCCAUUUUUAAGUCACCUUUGUCAUCAGAAGAAAAGACUCUGCCAUCUUAUCGCACUUGCUCUUUGUGGAAUGUUUUGACCGUAAUGUUCAUAUUAAGCAUAUUUACAUGCCAGUCUUUGAAAUAAAAGAAUUAGAGAAGUGCAAUUGAAUAUUUUUUGUGUUGGUGUAAUAAAAGGGGCCAAAUGAGA